ACUGACCUUUCACCUUCCGUGACCCAGAGGUCAUCAACAUGGCUGCCGUCGUGGUGAGACGAGGCGUGUUCAGCGGAAAGAAAAGUUUUACCGCUAUUUCUGGCGUUCAAGGACAAGUUCUGCCAGGAUGUCUCCAGCUUCCACAUCACCGUCUGAGUACAGACUCAUCACACCAGGCAUCAGCUGAUAACGCAAAUGUUGAGACAGAAGACCCAGAUAUGCCUCAAAGAAGAAUGGAGGAUCCUUACAAGGAAGAGGUCAAGAGGUGUAUCCUCUGUAAUGUUGAACUCUCAUACAAGAACCCCCAGCUUCUGUCCCAGUUUCUGUCUCCCUACACAGGACGUAUCUAUGGCCGCCACAUCACAGGGCUGUGUGACAAAAAACAAAAGGAGGUGGAGAGGCAAAUCAGGAAUGCUCAGCACCUUGGUUUUCUCCCUGUGAUGCACAAAGAUCCCAUCUACUGGAAGGACCCCAAGAUUUUUUCUGCCCCUGCUUUACAAGACACGGGGAUUGCAAACAUGAGUGACGAGUCAGUGGACUCUCCCUUCAAGAAUCUGCCCAAGAAGUACAAGUGGAAAAGAAAUAAUUGAUUAUAGUUUACAACAUUGUGUGUAGUAGAAGUGUAGAAGUGUAUGAAGUACUCAAUUAAAGGGAAAGACUAAAUCCCAGUGCCACUACCACAAUACUUGUUCUGCUUAUUUACAUUGCUAACAGUACCAGUAGUGAGUGACAGUGAACAGUAGUAACACGUAUGUACUUAUAUUGAGGUAGUUAACGCCAAUCUACUUGAAGAUGGUUCUGUGCAUGUACUAACAUAUAAAAUACUAAAUUAAUCAAGAAACUGGAUAAACUGUCUUAGUUUUAUCCAGUUACCAGAUUUAUUUUGCAUCAUGUAAAGCUGUAUCUGGAUGUCCGACCUUCACCGGCAUGUACAAACAUAGUUUUGUUGCUUACAUAACCACACAAACUGUGUUAAAGUGCUCUUGACAUCCAUUAGCCAUGUUUGCUUUAUUGUUUACUUUGAGAUUUAUGUGAUGUUAAGUUAAUAGUUUACCAAGACAUAUUUCUUUUGGCGGGUAUCAAAGAGACAAGAAAUUUAUCGUUAUCUUGAGCCACAACCAUACUGCCAUGAUGGUUUAACUUUUAACUUCAAACCAUAAAGUCAAUUUUGAAAAUAAAACAUCCAUAGGAUGUUUUGUAGAUUAAUUUCAACCACUGAGUUCAAAGUACAUUGUCGAAAUCAAACAUUGUCUUGUUUUCACCUGUCCAUUCACAUGUCAUAUGCCAUGUCAUAUCUCUGGCAAUGUGCCAUUUCAUAUCACCGUGUUUGAAAGGUCAGGCCACACACAGUAGCCCUUUUGACUUUUCCUGAUUAUUACAAAUUUUGAUAGAUAAGAAUGAAAUGGAAAUGUCUAAAUCAACAAUUAAUAUAGUAAAACUGCUACCAAGGUUUUAUGGUUAAUUGAUUGUUAGUUUGGGUCUCCUAGAAAAAUAAAAGAAAUACUGAUGAAUGAGAUGUA